GAUGGGAGUUGUUGCCAAACCGGGCAAAUGGCCUGGUCUGAUGUUUAGUAAGUACUCCCGAGUUAAAGUGCAUUUCCUAGCCGCGGUUGGAUAGUGGAAUAGCUCGCAAUGGCGUCGUCAUCGUCGUCUUCAGUCCCCGUCGUCAUCUACGAAGAAGAAGAAGAAGAACUGGUGAUGGACGACGGCUCCGGAUCGGGUUGGGUGGAGCCCCGAACCAGCUGCGAUCACCUCGCUUCGUUGUCGUCGGAUCUGGCACACAUCCCCCACCCCGCCACUCCCUGCAGCAAGUGCCAGCAUCCGAUGGAGAAUUGGCUGUGCUUGAGCUGCAAGCAAGUCUUCUGCAGCCGUUUCGUUAACAAGCACAUGGUGGAUCACCAUGAACAGACGCCGAAUCACUCCGUGGCGCUUAGCUUCAGUGAUUUGUCGGUGUGGUGUUUCGUCUGCGAUGCCUAUUUGGAUGCACAGGCCAUUCCCACGCUGCGCACUGUUCAUCAGACUGCUUAUCUGCUCAAAUUCGGCGAAGACCCUCCUCAAUUGCCUAGUAAUGAUCAGUGUUUGCAGCUUGGAAAUGAAUGAAUCCAUUUUUUUUUGGGGGGGGGGGGGUUAAAGAAAAUGGGUUUGCCAUAAACAUCAUACCUGUUUUUUCCAAUGCUAAUGCUUAUGCUGUGUUGCACACAAAGUAUGUGUGCUUGAUUUUGAUUCUUUCGUUUCUAAAUAAUUCUCAUGUGCACAAUUUCCAUAUUCGAAUCAAUAAAUUACUGUUGG